AUGGACUUGUGGUCAGAUUUUGGUCAGGACUUCCAUCUAAAUCGCCCGCCGCUUUCACUUCCUAGUCAGACACCGCCUAGUUUCACAGCGGUCAUCAACGUCAAGCUUCAACAACAUGAAUACGGCGAUGGACCACAUCAGAGUGAAUGCAGCAGCUUUCUUUCUGUCACAGCUGGCAUGAUACGGACUUUCCGCCGGCAGGAUCAGCUGCGAGCACGACUCAGACCUUCAAACCAUUUUCUUUCACUACUCCACGCCAAGUGGUCUAUCGAAGUCCGCCCUGCAGUAGCGAACCCAAGGGGGCGGCUCGAUCACUUACUGGGUGCAGUAGUCGGUCCAUUGCUGGGGAACCCGUGUCCCACCUGCCCCUCGAUCUUCAGAGGAGGCGCUAGAACUAUAUGUCAAAACACGGCACACGAAACCCCAUGGGCAUUGAGCCUUGACUCGGACCCUGGACUUAGAGUUAUCAUGGCCACCAUGAGGUUAUUUGUUUCCAACCCCCUCCUUAUCGUCUCGUCUCUUCGCUUUCCUUGUUUAACUCAGCAUGGGGGACCUCGGGGCAUGGGCCCGACGGUUGUCGCCGUCACCCUCUUGGAAAUGUUCCUGGCCCUUGCCUUCGUCGUGGCAAGGACAUGGGCACGUAUAAAGCUGUUUUCUGGCAUGCGAGCGGACGGUUACUGGCUACUUCGUAUGGGCAGUGAUGCUUUUACAGCGGUAGCCAUCGCGGGGGCAUAUCGAGGCUUAGGCCAACGCAACGACAAAUUGACAGACGUGGAAGAGAUUAAGAAGCUAUCUAAGCUAUUUUUCACCUACGCCGGCAUCUUCCCAAUAUCGAUCGCCACCAGCAAAGCUGCCGUUGCAACCUUCCUACUCAUAAUUUUGGUAAAGAAGAAACACAAAAUAAUACUCUACACGUCUAUGUCAAUAAUCGCCCUUCUAUGUCUGCUAGAAUUCAUCGGCCUAUUUAUCCAAUGUUUCCCCGUCUACUCAAACUGGAACCCUUUCAUAACAGACAAAGUCUGCAAAUUCAACGUAACCGCCGUCGGCUACACCCUCGCAGGCUACAGCACCUUCCUCGACUUCUUCCUCGCCGCGCUCCCCUGGUUCUUCCUCCGCAGCCUCCAAAUCAAGCGCCGUGAACGCCUCACCAUCAACAUCUCCCUCAGCGCCGGCGUUUUCGCCGGCAUCUGUGGCAUCAUUCGGCUCCAGCAACUCGUCGCACUCGAAGCCGCCACCGACCGCAACUACCAGUUCGCCGCCACUGUGAUCUGGAGCAGCACCGAGUUCACCGUCUCCAUAAUCUGCACCUGCUUCCCCGCCACGCGCACCCUGUACCGCCGUUACGUCAAGUGCCUCACGUCGUCCACGGGCGAUAGCACUACGAGCCGCUCGGGGAGCCGGCGUGCGCGGAAUACGGGGAACAUGUACACGCUGAAUGAUAGGAGUGUGAAUGGGAACGGGGUGACGGUUACGGGGGGCGCGACGAGUAUGGGGGGCGGGAUUGGGGGGGUCGGGGGAAGGAACAAGGCGAAUGGGAGCGAUGAGAGUAUUCUCGGGGAUGAGUUUAGGAUGCAGAAUGUGCAUGGUAUUAAGCAGACGACGAAUGUGGUGGUGGAGUUUGAGGACUGGGAUGGGGAUACUCGGAAGGUGAAAGAUGGGGAGACGGAUAAGAGUGUUGAGGUGGUGUAGUUCGUAAGAAGUCAGGAUCGAAUAACGUACUGGAAAAGGCGGACUAUUAGGUUGGAUUGGUGGGAAGCAUUUGGGUAUAUAUGCGGGUUUUCUUUGGUUUGGGAUAGAUACCAUGGAUAAUUAGGGAGUACAAUGCGUCCAUGAAUACAUGUUUCUAGAAUGUGUUGUAAAGACAG